CUCAAGGAAUUUCAGAAGUUGUAUCUCUUGAGACAUCACCUGGCCCCCGAUUCCGAGGUCCCUGAUGGCCUACCCUGUGGCGACAAACUCCCUGGAUGGACAUCAGGCAACGGGAAGAUGUCCAAGCCUUAAACAUCAGUGUGCCAUAUGGCCCAAUUCCUGUGGAGUUUCAGCGGAAAAUCCGCCAGAGCUACUUCGCCUCUGUGUCAUAUUUGGAUACACAGGUUGGCCGCCUCUUGAGUGCUUUGGACGAUCUUCAGCUGGCCAACAGCACCAUUGUUGCAUUUACCUCGGAUCAUGGGUGGGCUCUAGGUGAACAUGGAGAAUGGGCCAAAUACAGCAAUUUUGAUGUUGCUACCCAUGUUCCCCUGAUGUUCUAUGUUCCUGGAAGGACGGCUUCACUUCCGGAGGCAGGCGAGAAGCUUUUCCCUUACCUUGACCCUUUUGAUUCCGCCUCAGAGUUGAUGGAACCAGGCAGGCAAUCCAUGGACCUUGUGGAACUUGUGUCUCUUUUUCCCACGCUGGCUGGACUUGCAGGACUGCAGGUUCCACCUCGCUGCCCCGUUCCUUCAUUUCACGUUGAGCUGUGCAGAGAAGGCAAGAACCUUCUGAAGCAUUUUCGAUUCCGUGACUUGGAAGAGGAUCCAUACCUCCCUGGUAAUCCCCGUGAACUGAUUGCCUAUAGCCAGUAUCCCCGGCCUGCAGAUUUCCCUCAGUGGAAUUCUGACAAGCCGAAUUUAAAAGAUAUAAAGAUCAUGGGCUAUUCCAUACGCACCAUAGACUAUAGGUAUACUGUGUGGGUUGGCUUCAAUCCUGAUGAAUUUCUGGCUAACUUUUCUGACAUCCAUGCAGGGGAACUGUAUUUUGUGGAUUCUGACCCAUUGCAGGAUCAUAAUAUGUAUAAUGAUUCCCAAGGUGGAGAUCUUUUCCAGUUGUUGAUGCCUUGAGUUUUGCCAACCGUGGAUGGCAAAUGUAAUGUGCUCCCUUCCAGCUGGUGAGAGGAGGAGUUAGAGCUGGUUGUUUUGUGAUUACCCAUAAUAUUGGAAGCAGCCUGAGGGCUAGUUAAUCCAAACAUGCAUCAACAAUUUGGCCUGAGAAUAUGUAAGAGCCAACCCUUUUCGUUUAGUCUUUAUUAAUUUAUAAUUAGUAAUGGGACCAGUUUAAAAAAAAUUUCCCUCUUUUUAAAACAGUUACAGCUUAUUUACUGAAUAAAUACAAAGCAAACAAACACAAAUUAUGUCAUACCUUCGGAUACGAAGACCAUACAUAAUAACCAAACAACAUUAUACACAAAGAAUACUUUCAUUAUUUGUGGAAUUUAGUGCAUUUUAAAAAGUAACCAUAUAUCAAACUAGGCACCACACUAAAUUCCUGAUUAUUUUGUUUAUAAUUUAAUAAUGUAUCUUAUGUAGCCCUAUAUAUUCAAAAUAUUAUGUUAACAUGUAAUCCAUGUUUCUUUUUCAAAUCUAAAGUUAAAAAAAAACCCAGAAGCCGGUGUCUUAAAAUCUUUUAUUUUUGUUUCUAAGACCAUGGGAUUUCAAAAUCUCAAGAUAAAAUAUGUAUGAAGUAAUUAAUGUAGACUUUUUACAUCAAAUAAUAAAUAAUGCUCAAUAAACUAGAGAUAUGAGGUGUGUAGGAAAUUUGGUUAAACUUUUUUCAGAUACUUUCUGGCCCAAAUAAUAAUUUGUUAACAAAUAAUAUGACCCUUGAACUCAAUGGCCAUCUAUUAGAAGACUGUUAUUCACACUGGAAAACAUUUAAAGAUGUAACUAUAUCCAUGGAUGGAUUGAAUCACUCAAAAUAUGUUAGUAUCCUUCUUUAGGGAUGGUUGGUUGCAGACAUGUGUUUAUUCAGGAGGCACAAAAUAUUCCAUUUUAAUUGCUUAUUGAAACAUUAAAUUCUAAAUUAUUUUGAGGACUGUGAAGACUUCAUUAGUGUAAUAUUAGGUCAUUGUCAAUCUCUCAGAAUGUGGUUCUGUAUUCUUUAAAUAUGAAAGUAUCCAGGAAGGCCAGUGGCAGUAAAAAGCUUAGUGUAUAUAAUCUCAAAAGGGAUGGAAUAUUUACAACUCAUAUUUAUAACAUGUUGAAUCUUAUCAAUUAUCAGUAGUCAUCAGCAGUGUCAGCAGCUUUCUAAAUAAAUAUUAAAUAUCUAAUGUCCUGUAGUGAAGGAGUAAUUUUUAGUAAUUAUCUCUUUACAAAGUCUCCAGUGUUUCACGGUAAAUGUUUGUGAAACAAAAUACAGCAAAGUACAUUAAGUUACUGCAGUGUAUUGUUACCAAAAAUGACAAGAUAUUAUAUUAAAAUCGUAAAUUUUAGACAGAUUUUUAAAAUUAAUUAGCCUACAAUAGAGGUAUAUAUGGUAGCAUGAUGAUCUUUUAAGCAGUUAAGUUACUGACUGUUCUGGCAACAACGAUUUCUCUGUGACUGAAGAGCCCUGUUCAUCUCCUGAUCCUGAAGCUCGUCUCUCUCUUGAGCCUCGGCUUUCUUUGGUCAAUGGUUUCCCUCAGCUUUUUCUUCACUGUUCUUCAUCCUCAUUGUUGCUGUCAUCACGUUCACUGUGACUUUUACAAUACAGCCUGUAAAUUCCUUAUGACAUAGUUCAGUGCAUUUGGCUUUAUCACCUACUCCACAGUUCUUUACCUUGACUUGGCUUAGAGAAACUAUAUCUUUGUUGCUUCAUAUAACCUUUCCCCAACCCCACUAAGCUGGACAUGACUUAUUAGUGGUCCUCCAGUCACUUUAUUUGUAGAAAUCUCUUAUUUCACUUGAGCAGGGGUUCUUUUAUAUGGUUUAGCUGACAGCAGAACUAGUGAUUCUAGACAUUUUGAGUGACUCUCAUUCAGUGGCUCACAAACAUGAGAGAACAUCAGAACUACCUGAGGGGCUUGUUAAAACCCAGUGCGUUAGAGGCCGGGCAUGGUGGCUCACGCCUGUAAUCCCAGCACUUUGGGAGGCCGAGACAGGUGGAUCACUUGAGGCCAGGAGUUCAAGACCAGCCUGGCCAACAUGGUGAAACCCCGUCUCUACUAAAAAUACAAAAGUUAGCCAGGUGUGGUGGCACAUGCCUGUAAUCCCAGCUUCUCAGGAAGCCAGGGCACGAGAAUCGCUCGAACUGGGAGAUGGAGGUUGCAGUGAACGAAGAUCGUGCCACUGUACUCCAGCCUCGGCGACACAGUGAGACUGUGAUUUUCUUUGGAGACUCCUAGAUUUUCUGUGGAUUUGAACUGAAUUUGUUGGAUGUUGGCAGGUUCCUCUUAUGAGCUGUUUCUUUGCCCUGCAUUACCCCAUAAAGACUUAUCUGGAGAUGAGCAAAGUAUGUUUGGUAGUGAGGUCACGAAUGCAAUCAGCCCCUUCUUCCCCACUCCCAUUGCCAUCUUCUCAGUCCUUCUCCCUUUCUUUCCAAGUAGUUUACCCACCCCUCCUCCUUCCUCCCCUGUCCCUGAAAUAAUCCAUGUGUCUUCCUAAAAUCUCUCUUUGAUCCUGUCCUUCGAUAACACCGUCAGUGCCUACUACUGGGUCUAGACAGACCUCUGUUGAGCAGUCAGAGUCUUCCCUGACUCCACAAUGCCCCUUUCCUUGGCUGACCAGUAUGACUACUGGUCCCCACCUUUCCCUUGCCUAUCCCUACCUCCCUCCUACUAGGUUGUCCCCUCCCUCUCUUCACCCAUUCAUUCAUGACCAUUUUUCACUACCAAGCUCCCCCCCUCUCCUGAAGGAGGCUGAGGUUUUUGUGACUCUCUAGACUCUAUUGUGGGAUGGAAUGAACAUUGCUAAAGAAUCUUGUGUUUGCUUUACUUUAAAAAGGUAUUUUUUUCCUAAUUAUAAAAUUGAUGCGUCAGUUAUGGAAAAAUUAGAAAUGUAGCACAAAUACAUGAGUAUUUUACUGCAAAAUUGCCAGAUAAUAUCUUGUCUUUUUUGGGGGUGUGAAUUUUUUGCAUUGUUGUGGUCAUAUUGUGUUCUUUAUCAUGCAAGUUAUGUUCUUUUUUUUACUAAGUAUUAUGUUUGGUUAUUACAGAUUUUCACAAAGAUACUUUGUAUUGCUGGUAAUAUAUUUUAUUGCAUAGUCUUAUAAUUUACUUAACCUUCUUUCAAUUGUUAGAAAUUUAGGUUAUUUCCAGAUUUUCAGUAUUGUAAAUAAUGCUGUGAUGACCAAUUUUGUGAAUAAAAUGUUUUUAUGUAUUUCAGAUUAUUCCCUUAGGAUAGUCUGUCAGUGCCAAGUUGUCAAAAACAUCUCUAUUUUGCUUCUCUUCCUGCUCUCUUGCUGCCUUAGGGGGUAGUAAACUGAAACAUAAAGUAAACAUGCAUACAAAUAAAAAACAUAAAAAUAAGCAGCCUGAUGGUAACAGGUGAAAGUGGUAACCUGUUUUAACUUUGAAUUCUGGCCGGGCGCGGUGGCUCACGCCUGUAAUCCCAGCACUUUGGGAGGCCGAGGCGGGUGGAUCACGAGGUCAGGAGUUCAAGACCAGCCUGGCCAAGAUGGUGACAUCCCGUCUCUACUAAAAAUACAAAAAUUAGCCAGGUGUGGUAGCGGGCACCUGUAGUCCCAGCUACUCGGGAAGCUGAGGCAGGAGAAUGGCAUGAACCCAGGAGGCAGAGCUUGUAGUGAGCCAAGAUCGUGCCACUACACUCCAGCCUGGGUGACAGAGCGAGACUCCGACUCAAAACAAACAAACAAAAAGCUUAAAAUUCUUUACUUGUUAGUGACCUUGAUCAUGGUUCUCUUUGUGCGAUAGUUGGGCAUUUGUAUUUCCACUUGUGUUAAUUUGCCUUUAAAUUUUGGUUAUGGGUUUCACCUUUUAAAGUAAUCAAACAUAUUUAUCUUUUCCUGUGUGAUAGUUUUUUUCUGUGUCUUUUCCUGUUAAACACAUAGACCCCUCCCCAAUCUGGAGAUUGAAUAAAUAUUCAUUUUCCUUUGCA